CAAACUCCCCAGUCAAAAUUUCUCAGUCGUCACAGAGCCACCAUAACCAAAUCUCAGAAACUCUGAUCAGAGAGAGAGAGAGAUGGCAUCCGUAGAUCCUCGGAGCGGUUUCUGCAAAUCGAAUUCGACGUUUUACAGCAAACGAACGCCGAUUCCGUUGCCGCCGAAUCCAUCGCUCGACGUGACGACCUUCAUCUCGUCUCAGGCCCACCGAGGCAAAACCGCUCUCAUCGACGCGGCCACCGGCAGGAACCUCAGCUUCUCCGAGCUAUGGCGGUCCGUCGAAUCCGUCGCCUCCUGUCUCUCCGACAUGGGCAUCCGCAAGGGCGAUGUCGUCCUCCUCCUGUCCCCAAACUCCAUCCUCUUCCCCGUCGUCUGUCUCUCCGUCAUGUCUCUCGGCGCCGUCAUCACCACCACCAACCCCCUCAACACCUCCGGCGAGAUCUCCAAACAGAUCUCCGACUCCAAUCCCGUCAUCGCCUUCACCACCGUCGAUCUCCUCCCCAAAAUCGCCGCCGAUCUCCCGAUCGUGAUCAUGGACGAGGAGGAGCGAGUAGGCCCCAUGCGUGGCGCUAGAAUCGCGGGGAGGUUGGUGGAGAUGAUGGAGAAGAGGCCGAAUGAGAGACGAGUCAGGGAACGAGUCGACCAGGACGACACGGCGAGUCUGUUGUACUCGUCCGGGACCACAGGCGCGAGCAAGGGAGUGGUUUCCUCCCACAGAAACCUUAUCUCGAUGGUCCAGACAGUGGUUCAACGAUUCGGAUCUGACAGCGGAGGCCAUGGAGAACAGAGAUUCAUCUGCACGGUCCCCAUGUUCCACAUCUACGGCUUGGCUGCCUUCGCGACGGGCCUUCUGGCGUACGGAUCGACGAUCAUCGUCCUGUCCAAAUUCGACAUGCACGAGAUGAUGUCGGCGAUCGGAAAAUAUCGAGCGACCUAUCUCCCCCUCGUGCCGCCGAUAUUGGUUGCGAUGAUCAACGGCGCAGAUCAGAUCAAGCGCAAGUACGAUCUGAGCUCGCUGCACUCGAUUCUCUGCGGCGGAGCCCCUUUGAGCAAGGAGGUGAUCGAGGGCUUCGUCGAGAAGUAUCCGACGGUCAAGAUUCUUCAAGGGUAUGGGUUGACCGAGUCAACAGCGAUCGGGGCUUCGACGGACACGCUGGACGAGAGCCGACGAUACGGAACCGCGGGGUUAUUGUCGCCGAGCAUGGAGGCGAAGAUCGUGGAUCCGGGUUCGGGUCGGGUCCUCGGGUUGAACCAGACCGGUGAGCUCUGGCUCAAAGGUCCAUCGAUCAUGAAAGGUUAUUUCCGCAAUGAAGAAGCUACGAGCUCGACUCUGGAUUCGGAAGGAUGGCUGAGAACCGGAGAUCUCUGCUACUUUGAUGAAGAUGGAUUCAUCUUUGUGGUUGAUCGGUUGAAGGAGCUUAUCAAAUACAAAGGUUAUCAGGUCCCUCCGGCUGAACUAGAGGCUUUGUUGCUUACUCAUCCCGAGAUCGUGGAUGCGGCCGUCAUCCCGUUUCCCGACGAGGAAGUAGGGCAGUUUCCGAUGGCGUAUGUCGUUCGGAAGCCCGGAAGCAAUUUAUCAGGGAACAACCUGAUGGAGUUCGUCUCUAAACAGGUGGCGCCGUACAAGAGGAUUAGGAAGGUUGCGUUUGUGUCAUCCGUACCGAAGAAUCCGUCCGGGAAGAUUCUCCGCAAGGAUCUUAUAAAGCUUGCCACUUCCAAGCUUUGAAAACGUUGCUGUUUUCCAUGCAAGAGUGAUAGGAGUGACCAAUGCGGUUUCCGUUCCGUUUGGUUAUAUUUGUACUUCAGUUAUUUCGACCGGUAGAAAAAAUUAUAACCAUUCAGUUUUUAUAUUAAUCCAAUUCGGUUUCAUUUUAAUUCAA